GUGUGUGUGUGUGUGUGUGUGUGUGUGUGUGUGUGUACUUCCUUAUCUCCAACUCGACUGAGGCAGCUACUGGAAACCAUUUCGCAAUUGUGGAGAGUACACUCCCAAUGAGGGGGAAUAAUGUCAUUUAGAAAGUGAGAGAACAAUUGAGAAACUAAGAAGAACAAUUUGUAUAUGCCUAGUAAAACACAGUAGUUAUUGCGCUAAUCAUGUUGGGUCCAGCUUCCUGAGGCACCAGGACAUUGUGUUGGGGCUGCUCUAUGGAACCCGUCCCACUAUUCUAUGGGGAAGAAAGAAAUGUACAACUGUCUGUUUCUCUCAUUGACCUGUCUAUGCAUUCUCCCAGGUUAUGAUUCAGAGGAAUGUGUGACUUCUGUCUUGGCAAAGAGAAGUUCUGUUGACGUACCAAAGGGGGGCACUCUUUCCCUAUCCUGUGUUGUUCAGCAUUGUGGAGAUGAUGGCUGGACAGGGGGAUGGGGGCUGUCAACAGAGGGACAGUUCCUUCUCUUUAGUCCCACUCCAAGGCAUCAUCUCUCCAAAGUCACACUGACAACCAAUAGUACCCUUCUGCUCAUGGACAUCCUCAACGUCAACCAAUCAGAUCACGGACUGUACCAAUGCCAGAUCACCUGGGUUGAGGGAUCCACCAGUGUUGGACAUAUGACAUAUGUGAACAUCACUGCAGCCAUACCACCCACAUCCGUGAGGAAGGUCUAUUCCAGGGUGGUGGCGUAUUUAAGUACCUGUUUGGUAAUCACCCUGGUUUUGGGUCUGGCUUAUCAUAUAAGGUCAAAGGUCCCUUCUCAGCCGCCACCAAAACCACCGCCCAAGCCCCCACGCUCCCAAAGUGCACGCAAGGACAAGCCCCCCACACCCAAGCCUAAACCAAAUAUAGAGUUGGUCUAUGCAGCUCUUUCAAAGGAUUGCCUUGAACAGCAGAUUCCUAAUCCUGAACGAAAAGCUGCACAGCUCACAGUCUACUCCUCUCCCUGCUUCUCCCGACUCACUGUUUAGUGUGGGAUGGACAAUGUAUGGCCAGUCAGACUUUUAUAUUGUAGAGACCUCAACCCAACUCCUACCCACUGGGCACACACUAGUUGAAUCAACGUUGUUUCCACGUCAUUUCCAUGAAAGUACGUUGAACCAACGUGGAAUAAACGCUGAAUUGACAUCUGUGCCCAGUAGGUAGUGACCUCGUCAAAUGGUUCGGAUCUCUUGUCGUAAAGGCUAAUGCGUUGAGUUGAUAGUCGCUGGACCGAGGUUCACUCGAGGUUCGAGUCCUGGCCGAGGCUAUCCCCUGAAUUCACUUCAAUAUUCACCUCCGCAUGUAACAGACUGAAUGAUUUCAGAUGCUUUCUGAUUUUGUAUGUGUCACGCAGUAACUUCCAUCCCCGCACUCAGCUCGAUCGUGAUGCCAUGUGAAAAUCACCUGUAAAUAUAAUCUAUGUUCAAUGUUCUAAAAUAUGUUUUAUGCAACUGUCUUUUAUUUGUUAACACCGUAAUUAUUAUUUGUGGGAAUUACUUUCUCUGCCAUGUGUUUGAAUAAACAAACUAGAACUGAUGUUCCAUACCAAAAUAUUGCCACUUUUAAGAAAAGUUGAGCAAAUUGUAUUAAAUGUUGCCCCCUCAAAACAAUGUUCCAUGUAAAGCAGACCUGGGUUCAGACACUAUUUGAAAUAUUUACUCUAGCCUGCCUGAGGGGUGAGAUUUGCAGUUUUUGGACUAUUCUAUUGGUCCAUUAUGCCAGGCAAACUCAAUCAAGCACAUAUACAUUAUUUAAGAUGAUUUCAAAUAGUAUUUGAACCCAUGUCUAAAGCAUGCUAUCUCCCUUUUAUAAUAAACAGACAAAAACAAUCA